CAAUACGCUUACUAUUAAAAACAGCACCUGUUUGUUUAUGUUUGUGUGGCGGGACGCAGAUGUGAUUGGACAGACUGUUAAUCCUUCAAAAGUUUCGACAGGUCAAAUAGGCGUUACUGCAGCAAACUCAAGCGACAAAGCGGAACACCGGACUUGGACAAAUAAUACAUUCAUAUUUGCUGACAGAAUGAACAUCAGGAGAAUGAAUCCGAUGCCGGUUGGUGACCAAGACUGUGAACUGCGCUUCUACACAAGAUCCAUGAGCUGCGCGCCCUACGGUCAGAGCCUCGGUGAAGGAGUUCCCACGCACCCCUCCGAUGAAUUAACCACGGACCAUCGCAUAAUCGAAGAGACAGCAUCGGAGAUGGGCAGAAAAAGUUUUCAGUGUCUGGAAAAUGGAUUUCACGGAAACUCGGUGCCGAGCAGCGGAACAGUCAAAAAGCCUAGAGCACUGCGCCUACUUAUCAAUGCGCGUGAACGGAGGCGCAUGCACGAUCUUAACGAUGCGCUGGAUGACCUGAGAGCUGUUAUACCGUACACGCCGAAUCAAAACGUGAAUAAACUAUCCAAGAUAGCGACGCUGCUCCUAGCCAAGAACCACAUCCUGAUGCAAGCUCGGGCAUUGAAGGAAAUGCGGAGAAUAGUCGAGCAACUGAACGUGACACACAAUAUUAUGACACCACAUAUACUGUCACUUUAAGUCUUUAUGUCAGCGUGUUUUUAAUUAUUUAUAUAUAUAAUUACAAUGUGACCUAUAAUUACACAAUAAAAUAUAUUUCAUUUUUAUAAUAUGAACACUGUAAAUACUGUGAAAACUACAGGACUACAAUGUAUGUGUGAAAUCUG